AUGAGCAACUAAUAGAAUAAAGCAUAACAACCAUCUGGUUAAUAAAAUGGAAUUUAAUAAAUACCAUAGUAAGUACAGAAUGUAAUACAGAAUGCAGUAAAUGGAUAAUUAUAAAAUUAGCACAAUCCUAAUUAAAGUAAUGCUGCUUAGGCAGGUUAAUAGCAGAAUCAUCAGUAAUAAAUACCACCAUAAUAGAAUUAAUAAUAACCAGUAAAUGCAGUAAAUGACUAAAAUAAUAAUUAAUAGAAUGCAAGUAGUAAGAUUUAGCUAGCAAAUCUGAAUUUAAAAUGCUAGGAGCAUGAAUAAAAUCCUAUUGUUGGUAUUUGCUUUGCCCAUAAUUGUGAGUAUUAAAGCAGAUUAUUGUGCUUAUAAUGCAUUUUUUCUUCCCAUGCAGAGCAUGUAAAGCAUUCUGUGCAACUUAAAGAAAUAGAUGAAUCAGAUAAGAAUGGUGUGUUUAUGGACAACUGGCCAACUUAGUCUGUUUGCAAAGAUAUCAGAAAAUUUAUUAAAAAAUCUUAACAAGGAUCUUAUAACAACUUAGAGCAGAAAGUAGAAAAUCUUAAGCAAUAAGCUGCUAAAAACUUUCAAGAUAUAUAAAAUAUUAUCAAAGAGAGGACAAAAAAUGUAAAUUUAUCAAAAGAAACAGAAAUAGCUAAAAUAAAUCAGUAAGCAGCCAAGAUGUACAAAUUGGGAGGUUUAAAACAACAUUUAAAAGAUUAUAGUGAUAAAAAGAUAAACGGAAUAGAAUUAAACCAUAAAAUAAAGGAGUUUUCAUUAGAGAAGCCAAACGAUGAAGAUUUGCACUUGCUGAGCAACACAUUUAUGCAGAUUAAAUAAAAUUAAGAGUUGAUAUUUUUGCCUCAUGAGUUCGAUAGAAUCUAAAACGAAAUACUUAAAUUAAUAAAUUCUAUUCCAUCAUAAACUCUUCUUGCAAAUACAAUAAAUUUUCAUGCUGCUCCUUACAAAGAUUCCUCUGAGUUUUUCAAAGUAGGAGACAAGGGUACUCUUCUUUCUUUUGAGAAAGACUCUAAUACUGCUUAUACUAUUUGUGUAAGCGAUAAUCUAAGAAAAAAUUCAUUCUAUGAGUUAGAAAUCAAAAUAGAAGGUGAUUAUGCAAAUAAUAAAAUACGUUUUUCUAUUGUGAAAGAAGAAUUUAUAGAUGAACUGCCUUAAAAUUUAUACUACUGUGUUGUAAGAGGUUCCAAUGAUAUGCAAGGAGAAUUUUACAUGCAUGGAUAAGAGUGGCUGCAUGUAAAAAAUCUUAAAAAUACUAUAAAAAUAAAGAUAUGUAUAGCAUAAAAUGUUUUCAUAAUGUAAAGUGCUGAUGAAAGAGGUGGAGUCAAAUUAAUGAACUAUAAGUUUAACUGUUCAAAUGGCACAAAUUGGAGAUUAAUGAUAAUUAAUUCAGGCAAACCAAUUAAAAUAUAUAAAAUAUCUUCAUCAGUAGAUCACUCUUGA